AUGGUGAGAAAUACGGGGUCAGUGGCCCGCCCUGCAAGGCCAGCUCAUCCCAAGGGUCGUCCAGUAGCGCUACUAAACACUUCAACUGUAGAACAGCUGGUUGCUUGCAGCUUGUCGGGACCUGCGAUCGGUUCAGUGCCCCCGGCUUCCGUUUCUCCUAUUUCUGGUGCCGAUGCCGAGGAUCAUCAAACUACUUGCAGUUCCACUGAUGCGGAGUUGCUAACCAACUUGGCACAAGCUGCCGUCCAACCUGUUAACCUUUCUGCGGUACUUGAGCCCGAUUCUUCGUGUAACGAAGGCUACUAUGUGGCAAAACAGAACCUAGAAUCUGCAGACCAAUUGGAACCCGCCCCCAUACAGCGUGGCAAACUGUAUGCCACUUUUCGAAAGGUGCGCUAUAUAUUGUUUAUUCCAUCACAACUUCUCUAA